CUGCCUUCGAACCCUUUGCCAUCCAUCAGCUGCUGCGAUAUCCUCCCCCGGUCCUCCUCCUCCAUCACUUUCUUUGCCCGGUAUACCUUUCUUCGUCCUCUCUCAUACCCUUCUUGUCUGUUAUUCGUAUCACAUCACUUCGGAUACCCUCCGCCCCCACGUCAGGUGGGCCUCCUGCCGUACUCUCUCUGAGACGGUCUUGCCCUUCCCACUACUGCUUUCCUUCGUACUCUCUUGCCCAGCAUGCUUGGGUUCCUCAACAAGCUAGGACCGGGGUUCAUCAUCCUCAUUGCCUUUCUAUGCUUUGGGGCUGCCACGAUCCUUCAGCUAGUCGUCUCCAUUGGGCUCCCUACAAUCUCGGGUCUCUACUUCAUGCGCUUCACUCUGCAAGAUCUCGGUCAGACAGUCACCUUUGGACUAUGGACCAUCUGCACUGACCUCUACUUUUCGAAUGCACUGAUGAGCGACAAUGGCAUCACAUGUCAGCCCGUCAGUCUGGGGUACGAGGGCACCCAGUUCGGGGCUAUUGCCCAGUACUUGCUUAUUGCGCCCGUGGCAAAGGCCCUCGUUGUGCAACCCAUUGCUUGCGGUUUCGCCGGUCUGGCCACCGUCGCUUGCGUUCUGCACCUUUGCACCAAUUUCCUCCUCUGGCCCUUCAUCGCCUUCCUCGCCGGUGCACUGGGCGUCCUUGCCUUUGUCUUUGAGAUCAUCCUCUUCACCACUGCCCGUGUUCGCCUGAACACCUCCGGCGUAGAGAACUAUCUUGGGCAACAGAUCUCCUCUUCCACCCUAGGUCCAGCCAUCUGGAUCCAGCUUGCAGCAGCGGCUCUCGUUGCCUUUGGAACGCUGUUGAGUUGGUCUGCCUACAUCAGGAGGAAGGUCAAGAAGUCGCACACUGGCAAGAUGGGCACGAGUGUCAGAGGCAGCGUGUACGACGAGAGCUCGGUUGGAUCGUACAGGCAGGAGAAGCCUGCAAAGCGAGCAGGUCUAUUCUCAAUGGCCUCUACCGCCCCCAACAAGAAGGGACGGCCGCUCUGGCCGGUGGUGCUGCGCUGGGUGCUACAAGGUCGAGCAGGAGCGGUAGCAGCGCAAAGGAGGCUUACUCUUCGCGCAGACACUCGAACCAAGAUGACCUCAGGAGACAGCGUAGCAGAAGAAGCCAGGACAGCGAUGACGAUGACGACGACAUGUUCCACGAAGCCGACGACGGUGGAGACCGAGCCGACCUGGGCUACCUGCUUGGCUCUCGUCCUUACUCCUACCCUGCCGGUCGCUCAAGGGAAAGCGUUGACCGUCGUUCCUCGGACCGAGACCGUUCGCGAUCCCGUCCCAGCGGCGAAGGACAAUUGCGGGCGCGCUCCCGCUCUCGCGAUCCUCGUCGUAGCAGCGAGCCAUUUGCCGUGAGGCGCAAGCCUGCUCCCGCACUAGACCGUGGAAACGGUAGCGGUAGUGGCAGUGGCAGUGGCACACGUCGCACUAGCGGUGCUGGCGGUGGAGGUGGAUCGGGGUAUGGCUCCGGGUACGGAUCUGGGUAUGGCGGACGUGCCGAGACGCGCAGUUCUGGCAUGUCCAGAUACGCAUCCGAGCCGCUACGAGAGGCAGAUGAUGAUGGUGGCUUCAUCAGUCCCAGAAAGGGAAGGAGAUCAGAGAGGUAUAGCGCUCGUAUGGCCGAGGGAGGUUGGGAUUGAUCGAUUGGUGUAUGUGUGCGGGUAUGGGUUUUCCUCUUGUUUUCACCUUGGUCUUUUUCGUGCGCAUUCCUUGUACUUUGUACCUUCUCUGAUUCUGAGUCUUCUUGGACUGGAUUGCAAUUCCGAUUCACUUCUGAAGCUACACAAUCGCCUUCACCGUACCGUACCGUUGACCGCUACCCUCUCUUUUUGAUUCAGGAGCAAUU